AUGGGCACCACCCCAAGGCAUAAAAGGUCUCAAGCAAGCGUUUUCGUUUGCUUUGGUGGGUACGGAGCUUCUCCUUGUCUUGGCCCAUGCUUCCCAUCCAUCGACUCAGGAUUUGAAUCAAAAUCGGAUACUCUUUUUUGUGGUUGGAUUGAGUUCCGUCGAGAUCUUCCACCCCAAGCAAAGGAAGAAGUCGCAACAAAGAGCAGCUUGACUGCAGCUCCACGGUCGGUUUUGUUAGAAGACGACUGUCGGUAUCUGAUGUGCAAACCAGAAGGACUGGAGUUGUUGGAUGUUGCUCAGUGCUGCUAUAACUUAACAACCAAAAAGCUCUGCCUCGAACUUCAGCCCCUUCGAGUUGGUCAUGGGGCAACAGCCUCUGACGCCCCACACCAUUGCGAAAAGAGGGGGCUUGCCCAUCAGCCUACUUUGCCAAGAGUAUCCGUAGCUAGGACUGGUAGUGAAAUUCAAAGGAUCGCUGCCAAAGGAGGGAUGAUAGCAGCCCGCUGUAAGCCGGAAGUGACCUCGGGAGGACCCGCUUCCAAAGCCCACUAUCCUGACUACCCAAAUGAGAUGAUUGAGGCUGGUCUGCAUCUUGAACUUCUUUGGCUACCGCAUACCCCGACUUCACCGUGUAAUUUCCAUUUUAAGUCAACCCCCAAAUCCAUUCAUCAGCGAGCUACUUUAACUGCCAAAAGAGCGGAGCAACUCGAGUUAGACGAGAGGCGGGGAUGUAAUUUCAAAGAGGCUCGACCGGACCCAAGAACCGGACAGAAGACAGGCCCCACUACUGGAGUAGGGAACUUCCUAAAGCAUGCGAGACUUCCAAGGGUUUUAGUAUCCGCCCUUACUCUAUCUUUGAAGUGGCUAUCGAACCUUUCCAUGGGGAACAGGGGCUUUCUGCCUGGCUUGCUCGCUGAUGCUUGUAAAUACUUUCUUCCGGCUUUGGGAAGAGGCUAUCGGCACUGGCCGCGUACAAAGAACUCGUUGAAACCUCGCUACUGGAUUGAGCAAGAGGCAAGAAACUUGAGCCUCCUUCUUGUCCUUCCUUCCCUGUGGUUGACUGGUUUUUCUUCCCAUACUUCAGGAGGAGGAGGUCGCCGGGUUCAACUUCCACUGGAAAUAGGGAACUUGUUUUUGGAACUGCCUUUGAUCUUAGGCUCGCAGCUACUAGGUGGUAUUUGGCUGCUUUGGAAUGAUCAGGAGGGGAUGGUGGAAGAGAGUCAUUGGAAGCUUGAAGACGCUCGACUCUUAAUUCUCAGUGGUGUUUCCUCAUCUUCUUCGAUUGUUGACGGACUGCGCGAACAUCAUUUAGUUUGGCAACAUCUUUCGGUUACACUUACCAAUGCUUUCGAAGAAAUCUGUAAUGUGGAAUUAGAAGGGGUAGAAAGCGCUGUUCAGCAGGUGGAGACAAGAAAGAUGAUUAGGGAAGAAUGUGACGAUGGAGAGCAGUUGAUAUUGAGUCGACUACCUGAGUUAAAAGCUUCUAAAUCCUUGUCCUUCUUAGUUGGGAGUUUCUUUCUUGCUGUCUUCUUGUUAAGUUCUUCCAGUCAUUCCUUAGUCGCAAAGCGCAUUCACUCAAGGAAGAAGGAAAUUUUGUAUUACACGACUAAUACAGUCUGCAAUGGGAACCUCAAACCUAAAGAGCUUGCCAGGAUGGAUGGCUUGGUAAGCAAGCAACCAGAUUCCCUCGCUCAAUCACACCGUAGUUGGAUUUCCUUCGGGCAGAAUCGAAGAUUGGAAAGAUUGCAACGAGGGUAUGAAGAUGAAGGACUUCUUGGAUUGGAAUGGUCUCUCUUUAGGGUAUGGGUGAAAGACUGGCUAAAAAGUAAUGUAAGUGGUACUCUCAGUCCUGAUGUAAGCAUCCAACAGUUUUUCUUGGCACCAAUCCUAUGUCGAUCUUGGAAGUCCAUCCGAACUGAUAAACAAUUCGUUAGGUUUGGCCUUAAAGGGAAGGUGUAUGAUAUGGUCGCUGUGAAAGCACUUGAUGAAGGUUCGGGACUUACUCUUUCGUUCCUUAUAAUAGAAGUCACAAGAAUAGAGUCAAAAGCGUUGGGUUUAGGACCAAGGACGAUGAAGGAGGAGGAGUCAGUCUUCUUUGAAGAUCGAGGAGGAUCGGACAAUUAUGCCAUUCGGAAGAAGUCUUCUACAGAGAGAAAGCCUGUAUCGAGUCCCACUUGUAUAUUGUAUUUGGCCGAAGAAGCAUCGGAUAGGUUGGAGUUCUUACCUUCUUGGGACUCCAUGGACCAAGAUCUGCUUUUAUUAUAUGGGCAAUAUCGAUCUACUUUAGGGGCAGCUGAGGCUGGUGCCGAGAGGACCAACCGACUAGUCAACCGCGAAUCGUGCCAUUUGCUUAACACAACUCUUUCGAUCAUCGAUUCCGACUCCACACUCCUCCCACUUAUCUCCGCCAAAGAGGAGGUGACAAACAUCGAGUCCGAACCGCCUAACGACUCUCUCGCCUUAAAACUUCCAAACUAUCGGGGCUCGACAAGUUCUCCCCUCUCGCUCCGAGAAGCUUCGUAG